AUCUCUCCUCCGCCUCUAAGAUCCUGCACCAACAUCGAAUACAGAUUAUUCUAAUGAGAGGGGGAGAGCCCUCGGGAUUGGAAAAGCUGGAGGAAGAAGAGUUUAAUACAAACAUUUCCUAAGCUCGAGCUCACGUAUAAAUCCCUCGAGAUCAUCUCUUUUGAUCAGUUAAGAGGCAAGAGACAAUGCUGAAAAGACGUCGCUCAAGCUCGAGUUUUGUAUUAAAAAGACAUCGCUCUAGUGUGGAAUUGCUACCACACGAUGUUGUAGAGCUCAUCCUCGAGAGACUUCCUGUGAAGUCUCUGCUGAGAUUCAAGUCAGUAUCCAAGCAGUGGAAGUCCACAAUCGUAUCCAACCGUUUUCAGGAACGACAGUUGAUCCGUCGCAAGCAAUCACGAGGUCCAGAUGUCCUUUUCAUCUCCCUUGAAGAAGGUGAACCUCCUAGGAGAAUUGACUUUGGUCCGUCCAUAGUUUCUACGGUCAAGCUCCCUACUAGUUGCAGUGCAGUUUGCUAUGGUAGUUGUGACGGCCUCGUAUGUCUCCAUUGUGUCAACACACCGGGUGUUGUAAUCAACCCUGCAACUAGAUGGCAACAAAGUUUACCUCUUUCCAGCUUUCAACAGCUCAAGCUCGACAAGUUCAUGAAAAAAGAUUUCCCUAUCCUACAUCAUAAGCUUGGAUUUGGUAAAGACAAAGUCAGGGGCACAUACAAACCCGUUUGGUUAUAUAAUUCAUCUGAAUAUGGCCUAGACAAUGUUACUACUUGUGAAGUUUUCGACUUUAGCACCAAAGCUUGGAGGUACCUUUCCCCUGCUUCUCCUCUUCGGGUGCUUUCUUACCAUAAACCCGUGUAUUUGGAUGGGUCACUUUAUUGGUACACCGCCUGUGAAGAAGAAACCAAGAUAUUAUCUCUGGAUCUUCACACCGAAACUUUUCAAGUCAUCUCUAAAACUCCUUUUCCCCAUGUAUCUAACCCACACAACUACACCAUGUGCAUCCUCGAUAACCGCUUGUGCGUAACGGAGAAAAACUGGUCAUCCCAAGUCAUAUGGUCGUUUGACUCUUCUUUAGGCACAUGGAAGCAAAUAUGUUCGUUAGAUCUCACCAAAACCUUUUCUUGGUUGGGGGAACCCGAAUGCGCACUCAUUCCAAUAGCAAUUCUGGAGAAGAAUAAGCUAUUACUUCAUGGUCGUGAGAACUUGCAAGCAAUGGUGAUACAUAAUCUCCAUACCAAAUCUUAUGAUUUUGUCUUUAAACCUACCACUGGCGGAGACAGUGUUUAUUAUUUCCAAAGUUUAUUUUCUGCUCUAUCAAAUUAAUUUAUUUAACCAUUGUAAUCUAACAUUAGUGCAGUUUAAUUUAAAGAUAAUUUUCUU